AUGUCGAUUUCAUGUUCACGUAGUCUAGCGGACCUUCGUGCUGAACAAGCUGAUAAUCUCGAUCGUCUGCGAUCCACUCUUGAAACGAUGAAUUUAAAGGAUUUGGUUCCAAUUUUGGUGGCAAGGAACGUUCUCAAAUCUUAUGAAAUGGGUGCCGUAUAUGCGAAGGAAUCCACUCAAGCACAAGUUGACGCAUUAAUUUGUCUAUUGAAGACGAAGAAUCAUUGGGUCGGACCGAUGACAGACGCCCUCAUCAGAAACGGACAGGUGAAAUAG